GGAGGAGUUGGGGGGCGGGGGGGCCGCAGCCUGGAGCCUCCUCCAGGUCUGUCUCUCAGAGGUGUGGGUGCUGGCUGUAGGUGGUGUCCAGGUGCGGUGCCGUCCUCGGGGGCAGGACGGAGUGGAGCGCCUGGCCGUGAGCAGAGGCCUGCUGACCUGCUGCAGGAAGGACAUCCUGGUCAGUCCUGGUCCGUCAGGGCGCCCUGGGCUGGACAACCCGCAGUCGUGUUUCCUCCUGGACGGGUUAUUCCCCCUGGUCUCUGCCCUGUGUGGGGAGAAGCUAGACUGUCACUACUACGUGUUUGAAGUGUUGACGCUGUGGUUGAAGAGCGUGAGGGCGACUCUGACCGAGGUCUGGGCGGUGACAUCAGCCCCGCUCCUGUCCGAGGACUCGAGCCUUCAGACACGCCUCACUCAGGUGAUCUGGAACAACGCUGAGAGCCCCGUGGAAGGAGUGUCAGAGUUUGUGCGCGGUGCUUUCAGUCUGCUGUUGGAGGUGUACGAGAUGGACUGCCAGCGCUUUGGAGACACACACAAGACCCUGUAUGCAUCUCUACUGGACAAGGUGGCCAAGCUUCCCUGGGGCACCAAGGCUAAAUACCCCCCCCUCUGUGCUCUUCUGCCCUACCUGGGCACCCACGUGGUGCUGGUGCAGUACUCCGACCUGCCUGACCACCUCCUCAAGUGCCUGUCCACCAAUCAGCUGUCCCCGUGUGCCACCGAGCUCUACAGGUGUCUCCUCCAGCAGCAGAGGCGGGAACUGUGUGAGGUCACCGCCCCGGAGGCCCCGCCCACAGAGCUGCAGCUGGCCAAUCGCUGGGCGGCUUACUGGCGUCCGUAUCUACUGGAAGCCCUGAUGUCUGGUAUGCCUCUAGUCCAGACCAACAGCUCCACCCACCUGCUGCCCUGCACCCUCCGCACCUACCCCGCCGCCGUGGAGCCCCUGCUGGCCCACCUGAACCCAACCAGCCCCCAGGAGCUCCACGCCUGGGCCUGCAUCGUGAGCGUCCAGCGAGCCACGUCCGGAGCCUCCCCCUGGGCCCUGGAGGGGCCGUCCUCCCUGGACACCCUCCAGCUGGCGCUGGGCUCCGCGGACGACAAGGUCCGCCUGGCUGCCCUGGACCUCCUGUGCUGCUGCCCCAGGACCAGGGAGCCCCCGCGCCCGGAGGAGCUGGCCCUGCUGAAGGACUUCAUCCCCCACAACCUCAACAGCGACUCGUCCCCGUUCCGCCAGCACCUCCAGGCCCGCGUCAGGAAGCUCCUGGUCCGGGUCCGAGACAGCUGCCUCGCCCUCCUCCGGAGACGGAAGGGAGGACGCGUCGGAGACGACGCCCACUCUGCCGACGGGGGCGGGGCUCUGGGAGAGGGAGUGGGGUUUGUAGAGUGGCUGUCCCAGCUGCCCUGCUCCUACCUGGCCCCGGGCCACAGCUUCCAGAGGAAGAAGACUGUUCUGCUGCUCCUGGCCGCCGUGCUGGACACCUGCACCGACACCUGGAGCCCAGACAGGAGGAAGGGCCAGCCCCCAGUCAACAUGGCUUCUCUGAUCGACUGGGCCAGGCAGAGAGGACUGUGGGAUUUCUUCUCCCGGUCCAAACAGCUGGUCCUGAUUGGAUGCCUCGAGGAUUCGACCAAUGAGAUCAGGGAGCUGGCGGCCAACCUGCUGGCCAAGUUCUUCCCGGGCCGUCUCCAUGACGACGUGGGGGUGGUGGUGAGCGGGAGAGCGGUGCUGCUGGUGUGCAGCCCGAGGGUUCCUCAGGCCCAGACGGGGGCGCUGAUGAUGAAGGUCCUGCUGCAGAAGUGUGGAGGCCAAUCCCAGGUGCCUUGGCAGGGGUGCAGCCCCGACCCCAGCCUCAGCCCCAGAGGGCAGGGGGUCACCCAGGCCUCCUGCCUGGUCCGGUACCUGCUGGAUGAGUUGGAUCUGCACUACCAGACCGCCAAGGCUGACAUGAUGCUUGCUGCAAAGACCAGGCCCAUACAUGGUGUGCUGAGCGCCCUGGAGAGGUGUCUGCUGGAGGGCCCUGGGAGCCUGGGCGAGGCGCUGGACCCCCGGGCCACUGUGGAGCUCCUGGGUCUUCUGGAGAACAUCACACAGCUGCUGCUGGGCGUGUUGUACGGAGACCAGCGCACCAGCGCUGCAGACACAGAUGUGCCUCCGUCCUUCAGUGACAUGGGCAGGGCCAUCGGCUCCCUGGUGGCCCAGGGGGCGGGGGACGGCGAUGAGUGUGUCCUGCUGUCUGAGGAACACAGCCUGGUCCUCACCUGCUGCUGGGUGUCCCUCAAGGGAAUUGGAAUCUUCCUGGGUUCCCUGGUGGAGAGACUCCUGACUGGGUCCAGAGAGACGGCUUCUUUCUUAACGCUGGAGGACAUGUGGAGGGCCUCCAAAGUCUUCCAGGACAUUCUCCUCAAAUGCCGCCACUGGGGGGCGGUGGAGGGCUGCUGUGUGGGCUUCACCAGGUUCUGCGCCUCCCUGCUGGGCUGCUGGGACCCGGAGCUGAGGGCCAUCCCAGCACACAUGCUGCAGCAGGGGCUCCAGGUGGUCCAGUCUCCCCGGGGUACCUCGGUGACGCGGCGUGCGGCCGGCCUGCCCAUGCUCAUCCUGUGUGUGGUGUCGGCUGAGGAGGCCAGCAUGGCCCGGCCCCUCCUGGCCCACAGCAUGCACACCCUGCUGGGCACGGCCAGCGCCGCGCUGCCCCAGGACUGGGACCCCACCCUGGACCUGCCGCAGGUGUCUGCGGUCCACACCCUGCAGGCCCUGGUUCGUAGCUCAGGUCUGGGCGUGGCCGUGCUGCAGUUCGCCUCCUCCGUGGCCAUCUUGUCCCUGACGCUCCUCAGCUCUCCCUGCUGGGCCAUGAGGAAUGCCGCGCUGCAGCUCUACAGUUCCCUGUGCUCUCGUAUGCUGGGCCAGCGCUCUGGGGGGGAGCAGGGCUGCACCCAGCAUAGCAUGUCCCCCCCGGCCUUCUUCACCCACUACCCCGCCCUGAAGCCCUUUCUCCUGGGGGAGCUGAAGGGUGCAGCGGGGGACCUCCAGGGCCCCUCUGGGGAGGCCAGGCUGCGCUUGCACCCCUCCCUCUACCCUGUCCUCACCCUCCUGGCUAAACUCCAGCCUGGGGUCCCAGACCACACAGGAGCGCUGGCAGGCUUCCAGCCUCCCCUCCUCCAGCUGGCCUCCAGCCCCGUGUACAGCGUGCGUGUCAUGGCCGCCGACGCCCUGGUCGCCAUGACGCCGCCCUCGGAGUACCUGAGCACCCUGCUGAAGCUGACGGCGGCGCUGCCGGCCUCCAGGGACGUCUGCUGCCACAACCGCCUCCACGGAGCGCUGCUCCAGACCAGGGCCCUGCUGGAGAGGGCCAUCCCCACACACAGCAUGCCGCUGGGUGAGGUGGUGAGGCGUCUGGAGUCCAGGGUGUGGCUGGUGACAGGAGCUCAGCACUGCCCCCUGGUGGCGGGGGUGUUCCUGGGUGUGGCGGGGCUGCUGAAGGGGCUCUUGACUGAGGGCCUGGCCCCGCUGCGUGAGGCACUCCUGGAGGAGUUACGGGCGCCUCGACACAGGCUGCAGGUCGGCACAUCCUCCUUCCACCAGAGUGCCAUCAACUUCCUGUGUGUGAUUGACACCAGCUGGGCGUGUCAGGUCUGGGAAGCGUUCCCCACCUACAGCCCUGAUCUCAAGCUCUCAUUGGUCAGUUGGGUGGCCGAGGGGCGGAGUUGGAGAGGGACCAGCACACAGCAGAUGAUCGUGAAAACACUGCAGGCCAGCCUGCAGGAGGCGCUGUCGAGCCAGAGUACGGAGUACAGCAGGACCUAUCUGACCGCCCUGGUGGCCGUGAUGAUGCCCGAAGGAGACCCUCCGCUGCCCCAGGAGCCCCCUGCGUCUGACCCCCAGGAGGAGGCCUCCCUGCUGGGGUGUGUGGAGCUGCUGCUGGGGUUCCUGGAGGAACACAGGGGAGGACCGGAGUUCCUGUCCCAGGCCCUGACCGCAGCCAGCCUGCUCCUCUCCCAAAGCCUCCAAUCUAGCCUCUUCCCCCGCUGGUGUGGCGUGCUGGAGGAGCACCGGACUCCGGAGGCCCCCGAGGUCAUGCGGGCGGCAUGUGCCCUGGCCCUGUGCCUGGCCGGGGGCCCCUUGCUGAGCGCCUCAUUGAGGGACCACGACCCCCUCCCCAGCAUCAGCACCAGGGUGAUCAACACAGGCCUCCACCUCCUGCAGGACCAGAGCCUGCAGGUGAGGACCAGAGCGGCCGGCUUCACCUCGCUGCUGUCCCACGCCUCCAGGGGGACGGGCGGGCAGGUGUACCUGCUGCAGGUGAACCGGGCUCUGCCCCUGCUGCUGGACCUGCUGCUGGAGGAGGGCUGGGACUGCCCACACACCCUGGAGGCCCUGCUGGGGCACCUGCCGGGGGCCGACCUCCGCUCCGUCCUGGGGGAGGCCGGGGGGACCGGGAGUGCCAGUCUGUACGAGCAGGACGAUGCCAACGUGUUUGCCGAGCCCUCGGUGAUGUCAGCCAGCCUGCUGCCGUACCUGCGCCAGCUCUCACACAAAUACCCACAAUCCUCUGCUCUGGCACGCCGCCUGAACGCCUGGGCGGAAGAGAACGUCCCUGCGGUGCUUUCCGGCCUUGCUGUGUGCAGAGACCUCCACACAGGUGAGACUCUGGACGCUGCGUGGUUCUCUCUCCUCACGGACCCCCGUUUCCACGGCACCCUCUGCGGCCUGUUGGUGCGGGCGAUCUUCCUCCUCCAUCUCCUGGAGGUAUCGCACAACCUAAGACCCCUCUGUGACCCCUCGACCCUACGCAACCACAUCCAGAACGUCCACGCUGCCCUGAGUGAGAGAGGGGUGCUGCUCCCCGCUGCCCUCUCUGCCGCCCCGCCUGGACCCCCCCCGCUGGGCCCAGGACGGCCCUCCCAGCCAGCAGCAGACCUGCUGCCCUCACGCUACCUGGAAGCAGACAGCUGACACUGCAGCCUGCUCUGGAGCUCUUGGCAGACGAACACAUGAUCACAUUACCAUCACUGUUGAGAGGGUUGCUGGGUAUCAACCAGAAUGUGUGUGUGUGUGGGGGGGGGGGGGCUACUAAGCACUUCCCUUCUCUCACGAAAGCCAUCAGCACACUGUCAGGAACAACCCUCUAUGUUGAUUAUGUGCUCAUGUUAUGCAGGUAUGUCUCUGUAUUUGAGUAAUAAGGACAUGAGUUGAUAUUUGUCAAGAUGGGGAUUGACUGGAGACAGUCUCCCCUCUGUGGAGGCCCAGUCCAGGCUGCUUCCUGCUGCCUCCACCUCUCCUGGCAUACCUUCAGCAGCCACAGAGGGGCGCUCUCCUUCACUCACAGAAGCCCUGGCCCUGUCCUGGCCUGCUCAUCUGUUGGGGUGGAGACGGUGAUGUAACUGUGGGGUGGGAGGGUGGUGUGUCGGAGGGGGACCCAGAUGCUUUCAUGCCCCAUUAGAGGCCCUCUGCCUGGAUAAGUGUCCAUUUUCAGGCCGGGACUACAGAUGAAGAUGAUGGACUGCCUGGAGGAGUUUGUGGGAGGAGGAGGGGGGGGGGGGGGGGUUGGUUGCCGUGCAACCGGCCGCACGGGGAUGCAUCAUCAGAACACUGGCCCACGGUUUUAGAGAAAGAGCCUUAACCAGCAGCUGGUUUAUAACAUAUCAAAUGUUUGAUAUGAAGGGAACAGAUAUAAGAGCUGGCUCUCUUCAGUAGUGUUUAGAGAGGGCUGCCUGACCUUCCCCUCGUGUACCGUAGAAGGUCAGUUCAUCAAGGACAAAGUGUUCUUCUUCUCUGAUAUGAAUGAACAUGUGAUAAAACGUCCGGCCGAUUAAAGAUGUGCCGUCUGGUCCGGACGAUGGUUUGACUGAUUUGCUUGUUGGAAAGACGGUUUAGAUGACCUCAGAGUUAAUGUGGUGGUCUGUGGACAAAGAGGGUUUUGAUUGGUGUAAGAAAACAAGGGCUUGUGUUGUCUGACCCCACAGGGGGAUUCUCCUGUUUCCUGUCACCAGCUCAUUGUCUUUCCACUUUGUGAAAUCACUUCCAUGGUUUUUAAUGUUGUUGUUCUUAAAUGUAAUUAUGUUUGUAGACACUGGGCCUGUUUUGACUUACUAUGUAUUGAAUAACAUUUACAUGAUUUAUAUAAUGAAACAUGUCUUCUGUAUUUUUACUUUUUAAAUUUCUGGUGCUUUUCUACUCAUAAAUCGCCUUCAGGCAUUUUAUGCAACGCUUUAUGAUAUAAGAUUUGUAUAAAUGAUUCAUUAAUAGGCUUACAUGUUCCCGAAGACAUGUUAGAUAUUGGCACAAUACAUAGGCAGAGAUGGUGUCUAAUCCUGACGGAUUUAGACAUGCCUUGAACUAUAGCCUGUGCAAAACCUUUCUCUCAGGAGAGAAUCGUGCACAAACAAAACCAGUCCAGCAACCAUGUUCCGCCACAUCCGAUUACGUUGGAAGGUGUGCUUUGCAAACACAAGUAAACUUUUGUACAGAUACAGUAUUAUCGUCAAAAACAACCAGUGAUAUCUUCUUUUGAAAAUCGAUGAUUACUGACCUAAAAACUUAAUCUGGAAGUGUUUCAUUACUCCUAUGAUUUCUGUGUUUUUCAUUUGCCUCUUAAGGCGUGCCAACAUGUUUUUUUCCCCAGUGGAAACUUGGUAGAUCAUUAAGAGAGGAAAAGCUGGGCUGGUCCAGCGAGGGAACUGAGCUUCCUGAACUGUGGCCUGGUUUCCUGUGCUGACCAUCUGGCCUGACGGGAGCGUUCGUUCCCAUUCCCUGAGCAUCCUCGGUUACCUGGAGACAACCGACAGGCUUUUAGUACUUCUGUGUCCAGCGAAUGGAAUGAUUAUCCACUGGGAAGAAGGCCAAGCUAGCAGCUAGCUGUUUACUCUAUCUGAGCAUGCCAAGCUAGGACCUAGCUGUUUACUCCAUUAGGGAACAAAAGAUGCUGCCUUUCCCCACUGAUGUCAAAGCUGCUCAAAGCUGUUAAACUGGUGUGUAAGGGAAAUGUUCUAAAUAAAAGUGUUUGCUAAAUGAAUACGUUGUAAGUGGUUAGGAAAACUGAUAUGUAGAAACAGAAAACUUCAGUGGUUCGUCACAUAAUAUUGUCUGACUAUGUUAUGGCAGCAGAAUGUUAUGUUUGCAGUGUAGAGAUAAUUGGAGUGUACUGCCUUGUACUUGUUGAGCUUGUAUCACAAAGAAACAGGGAGCGUCGUGUGUCACGGGGCACAAAGCACCUGUGCUUUCAGAACAGGACAGAGAGUGCGAGAGGGAGAGGGUGUUUGUGUUAGGAAUUUUCUGACAGCAGAGCAGCCAUUUGUUUGAAAAUCGUAAAGAGUUAACACCAAGUCAUGCACCGCCCCGUGGGCCUGUGGCCCUCUGGGGUCAGCAGACAAUGCCAGGGGCCUCUCCCCUGUAAGCAGCCAGCUGCCUGGGCCCACAGAGGGGCUUGUGAUUAGCCACUGCCCUGGUCCCUCAGAGGCCUGCUCCAUCAGGGAUGUCAACAUGGGUCCCUGACCAAGACCACGGGUGGAUUUAGAAACGGUUGAUGUGAGAUGUUGAUGAAUAUGAGAAGGCAAGGAUGGGUGCGUUUGUUGUCAGUAACACACACCUGUGUCAAAAUAUUUGAGGGGUAAUUAUUUUGGCAUAUAAAUAGGCUGUUAACUAGUUAGAUAACAGGUUAGUGUUUGUACAGUGCUGUGAGGUUCAGUACUUGCCCUCGCAUUCUCUAAUGUUAAACUGUUGUUUUGAAAGGGAAUGAAAUGAGGGCAGUGUGGCAAUUAUUUUCGAGGAACGUGUUUCAUGUUGGCAUUUAUGAGUCCAGUUAAUUCUGGAACAAACGUGCAAUUCCAGAAUGUUCUUCAGUGUCACAGUCUUUUCAGCUUUUUCUUUUAAUUUCAUCAUUGCUUUGUGGUGUGUGUUGUUAACAAUUAUGCUGUUUGAGGCUAGAGAUCUUCAUCAAAACAGACGGACAGCAAAAUAUCUUUUGUAGAUUACAACAGAAAAGUAGGUGGUAUAUUGACCCCCAAAAAAUGGGACAACAUCUAUAUAGAUGCGGCUCUAUUUGCGUUCAGUCAGUAGUGAGGUGAGCGUGUUCUAGGACCUUGAAGACGGCGGCGACUCCGCUACUGCAGAGGGAGUUCCUUCUCAGAGAGAGGCUGUUUACGAAGAAAACUGGAAUCGUUCUUCUCUUCGACAAUAACAACGGCUGGACUUCAGCGAAGGGAGCAGUUUGACUGAACUAUUCAGCAUAGGCUCUUCUGUUUUUCAAAAAAAUAGUCUAUUUCUUUGAAGCAUUUUUUAAAAAUCGUUCGUGCACUAUGUUUCGAUUUGUUUCUUCACCCAGUAAACUUAGCAAGAUGCUUUUCUCAUUGCACUUUGUUUUGCUGAGCGUUGCAGUGGUGGUCGACAGCACAAUUAAAGACUGCAUCACCGCCAGCGGGGAGGACUACAGAGGCGAAAAAAGCAGCGCUUACACGGGACAAACCUGUCUGAACUGGACCAACACAACCAGA